AUUGGAGCCAACCCUUCUUCCUUCACCACCCUAUAAUAAGUGAAAAGGCAAGUAAAUAUGCUUGUGCUGCAAAAACCAUAAGUCCCAAUCGAAAUCAGCCACCUUCCGAAUAUUUAAUGCCUCCCCCUAUUUUUCUAAAUCUCUAGUAAUCUGGCUUCAUCCAUGACCAGAGUACAAAACUAUGCACCAGCAGCUUCUUGAUUUUCUGAUAUUCUAUCUCCCAAUAUCUUUUUCGAAGCACGAUCAUUAACUUGCUUCUCCUGAUUCUUUCAAAUAUAUCCCUUCUCUCAAUCUGGCUGCUUGAACUUUGCUGAUAUGGAGACUUUGAAUCCUUCUUCUCAUACUUUCACUUCAAGCUGGUUGAAGCAAGGGUUUCAAAGAGCAAAGUGGACAACAGAAGACAACAAGAUGUUUGAGAGUUGUCUUGCAUUUAUCGAUACAGAGACCCCUGAUCGAUGGUUAAUGGUGGCAUCCAUGAUUCCCGGGAAAUCAGUCUUAGAUGUGAUUGAGCAGUACAAAAAACUGGAGGAUGAUAUUAGUGAUAUUGAAGCUGGUCUGUUUCUAAUUGAAGAAAACCUGCAAAACGACUCUUCCACGGCCAAAAAUCUGGAGCUCAAUGAAUUUGGAAAGCGUCCUUUGGCUUGUAGAUCUUCUGAUCAUGAGAAAAAGAAAGGUGUGCCUUGGACAGAAGAAGAACACAGGCAGUUUCUGAUGGGACUUCGAAAGCAUGGCAAAGGAGACUGGAGGAACAUCUCGCGAAAUUUUGUGAUCACCAAGACAUCAACUCAAGUAGCAAGCCAUGCUCAAAAGUACUACUUAAGACAGCUUUCAGAAGGAAAAGAGAAGAAGAGGCCUAGCAUCCACGACAUCACAACUGUCCAUUUGACAAAUGCCACUCAAUCCGAAAAACACAAACUUUCUGCAGACAACAAAUCCACAGUCGUUCCACAGCCAGAGAAGUCCAUUAGCAUGCCAAGAUAUACUCUAGACCGGAACAACACAGAUUAUGGAUCGUCGAUGAUGUUUAAUUCGAUGCAUACUAAUGCAUUCAUGCCAUUUAAGUAUGAGUAUGGUGGUCAUGGUGCUGAUAUCAACCCUCUGAAUUCAGGAUUUCAGUUCCAAGCACCCAGACAUCAAAUUUGGUGAAAGCCCGAUGGGAGCUAGGGAUCCGAAUUUCGAUAUGUUGUGGUUAGUUUGUUCAAUGAAUGCUAUAAAAACAUAGUUUACUAAGUCAGUAUUUAUGAAAUGGUAAUAUCUGAUAGUAUGGCUUGUCAACAUACCCGUGUCAGUAAGCCCUCUUCCUGACAUCUCGAGAUUUCAGGAGAACUGGUCACUUAACAUGAUAUCGGAACUCAGGCACCCGAGAUUUACAAGUUGGUUGAGAAGAAUCGAAUCCAUGGUAGUGGAGUGCACUUUAAAGGUGCUAAUGACACAGCACAUUACCUGCCAGUUAAGUAGUGACAUGGCCAAAUGGGAUAGUGAGCAUAUCAGCCGACUAACUCGCCAUGCAUGAUAAAUAUUCAAAGUAAUGGGGACGACUCGCUUUUGCUUAUAAGGCUAGUUGACUCACCAGUCAUCACCAUUACCUCUGGUGUUGAGUCUGACUCUGCUUUCCACUCAUUUAUUUAAACAUUAAGCAUCUUAUUAUGCACUUGUUCACCACAAUAAUCCAACUUAAAAUAUGCUCGUCCUUGCCA